AACACGAACAGGCGUGUCCACUGCAAGCUGCUAAUCAGACACGUCCCCUUAUACUGCAUCUAUUCACACCUUGAUCCCAGAAGGGAAGAGGCAGCAAACAGGCAGUACAAAGACAAUGUCUACAGGUUCGCUGAGCGAUGUGGAUGACUUCCAGGAGGUGGAAAUGUUGGGAUGUGAGGGCAUCAAACUGGAUUCUAGCAAAGAGUUUCUUAUGUCUAAUGACAGCAACGAGGAAAGCUCAACUUGUGACAAUGAAUCUCCCAAGAAAGGCAGGGGAACUACAGGAAAGAGGAGGAAAACCCCACGCAAGAAAAGUCCACUGAGUGGGGUUACCCACGAGGGAAAGCAAGUACAGAGGAAUGCAGCUAAUGCCAGAGAAAGAGCCAGGAUGAGGGUUCUCAGCAAAGCUUUCUCCAGACUAAAGACUACCUUACCCUGGGUACCACCGGACACUAAACUUUCCAAGCUAGACACCCUGAGACUAGCAUCAAGUUAUAUAGCACAUCUGAGACAGAUCCUGGCCAAUGACAAGUAUGAAAAUGGUUACAUCCAUCCUGUCAACUUGACAUGGCCGUUUAUGGUGGCUGGAAAACCUGAAAAUGACCUUAAAGAUGUGGUGGGCGCUAGCCGGCUGUGUGGGCCCACGGCAUCCUGACCCCAUUGAUGGAACCUAUGGAUGGACAUUGCAGAAUGGGACAUCUCAUUUUAUGAAAACAACAAUAUGCAAAGACAAUAAGAGUAUAGUCAAGAAAUGACCAAAUGUACAUAAUCCUUCCUUCCAAAGAUCUCUUUUAUAUUUAACUUUAUUGCCUUGUACAUUUCAUCUUGUUCUGUACCUUGCUGGUCCAAGGGAUCUCAGAACAUUCAUUGCAGUUUUGUACAAUGUUUUAAUGUAGAUUACCUGCAGAGUGGGCUUUGUAAGUCUUGUCUGUGGGUUACUCUCACUCAGAUAUACAGAUUUAUAUUAAAUAAAUAUAUAUAUAUAUAUAUAUAUAUAAAUAUAAAUAUAUUUUCUUCAAAAAGAUUAGAAAUUUCUGCGAAUAAAUCCUUGUUUAUAUAUGGAAUAUUGCUGUGCUGCUUUUGGAUCUUUAGAUAGGCAGACAGGUGGGAAUUUAUUCUUAAUUUCGGUAUUAAAAAUAUUUGCAACACAGGUCUCCGGGAAAAAAACUUGCAGCUGAAACAGGGUGAAAUAUCUGUGUGAUGUCGAGAUGCUGACCUUGGACGUCAUACUGCCUGGACAAGAUGAAUCCAUUAUAGCGAUGAAAGAAAACAUAUUGUAGUUACCGUUUUGGGUGCGUAAUAAUAAUAAUAAUAAUAAUAAUAAAUAAUAGAUAGAUAGAUAGAUAGAUAGAUAGAUAGAUAGAUAGAUAGAUAUUUUGAUUAUGGCUUUGUAACAGUUUUUAAGCGCCUAAAAAUUAAUAGAGUGUCCUUAAACUAUUCACUCCAUACUGAUCAAAAGGAAAUAAAAAGCCCCAAAUAAUAAUAAAAAUGUU